AGUUGUUACCCUAAUCCCCUUUUCUUCAAUACAAACAAACCCUCUAUUCCUCUUUCACUUCGUUCGUUUCUCUCCACAAUUCAUUCAUUCUCAUUCAAGGUAUAUUCCAAUCUCAAUCUCUCUCACCCUUUCAUCAAACCUUCAAUUUUUCUUCUUCUAUUAUGAUUCUUUCGUCAAUUAGGGUUAAUUUCACUCUUCUCCCCAAUUAGGGUUUCAAUUUUUCCCCUAUUCAUUGUUUUCGCUUUUUGGGAAUUUUUCAAUUUCUAACGUUUCUGGGGUUUGAUUCUUCAACCCUUUUGUCUCAUAUCAUAGUAUCCCAAUUUUUUAUGGCAUUUGAGUGCCCACUGAGUACCAAGGUUUCUCAAAAUUUGGUCAAUUUUGUGGAAAAUCCUGGCAUAGGGAUAGUUGAACCAAAUCAGCUUAGUUCAAAACCCAAUAUUGCAAUUGGCAAUCCUGUUCUGAAUACCAAACGUGAGUCUAGGAAAGGUGAGAGCUUGAAGGGUGCAGGUGCAGGUGCAUCAAAAUUUCAUAGUUCUAAGAAAGGAAACAAAGCCCCUGCUAGUAGUGAUUUGAACCAGUCAUCAGUUCCUGGUGAUGAGGUGGUAUUUGCGUCUUGUCGGUCCAUCACUGAUCUUCCGCCGGCACUGAUAUCUGAGAUUCUCAAUUGCCUUGACCCGAAAGAUCUUGGCAUUGUUUCGUGUGUGUCGACGAUUCUUCGUGGUCUUGCGUCUGAGCAUCAUGCUUGGAAGGAAUUCUACUGUGAGAGGUGGGGGCUUCCAGCAGCUCCAGUUGUGCUGGAUUCUGAGUCUGCAGUUGAUGAUGAUAAGUCAUGGAAGGAAAUUUUCGUGGAAAGGGAGUUUAGGAGUAAGACGUUUAUGGGGCGGUAUAGUAUGGAUGUGUUGUAUGGCCACACUGAAGCUGUUAAGACUGUUUUCUUGCUGGCUUCUGCAAAGCUCAUAUUUACUUCUGGGUAUGACUCUGUUGUGAGGAUGUGGGACAUGGAGGAUGGGUUGUCAAUUGCAUCGUCAAGACCACUAGGCUGCACCAUUCGUGCCGUCGCAGCAGAUCGAAGACUGCUGGUUGCCGGCGGCACUGAUGGAUUCAUUCAUUGCUGGAGGGCUGUUGAAGGACUGCCCCAUCUGUUUGAACUUAAAGUCUCAUCACAAAACCAGAAUACUGAGGUUCGGCUUUGGGGACAUGAAGGUCCGGUAACUUCACUUGCUUUGGAUUUGACAAGGAUUUAUAGUGGUUCAUGGGACACGACUGUUCGAGUGUGGGAUCGGCAUUCAAUGAAGUGUACUGUGGUGCUGAGGCACAGUGAUUGGGUCUAUGGACUUGUCCCUCAUGAUACCACAGUUGCAAGCACAUCAGGUUCAGAUGUGUAUGUUUGGGAUACUCAUAGUGGUGUUCUGCUGACCAUAAUUCACGAUGCUCAUGCUGGUAACACUUAUGCUUUAGCUCGAAGCCAUACAGGGGACUUUCUUUUCACUGGAGGUGAAGAUGGCGCCAUACACAUGUAUGAAAUUGUGAGUGACAGCAACGAGACUGGAGCUUGGCAUGUUGCUGCUUGGAUUCCUCACUCAGGUCCUGUGCAUUCCCUUGCUUUUGAGUUUCCGUGGCUUGUUUCUGCAUCAAGUGAUGGCAAGCUAGCGCUCAUUGACGUGAGAAAACUGCUGCGGACUAGUAAGCGCGCUUUAAGGAAGAGAGCUACAAAGGUGAAGUAUUUGAGUGAAGCCAUAGUAGAGCCUCCGCAGAGGAUGCUGCAUGGAUUUAAGAGCAAUCUUUACUCUGUUAAUAUAGGAGCUGAUCGAAUUGUCUGUGGAGGUGAAGAGGGUGUCGUGAGGAUCUGGAAUUUCACAGAAGCUUUGGAGAUUGAGCGUAGAGUCCGCGCAUUAAGAGGAAUACGGCUAGAGAACAGAAUGAGGCGGCGGAAGCUCCAAACAGAGAUAAGCAGUAAAGGUGGUCGGACCGAUCAAUGCUCAGUUGCAGCAGUCAAGAAGAAUUCUGGGAGUUGUAUUUGGCCCAAUAAACGUGGCAUGAGUGGGAAGCUGAAGGCCUAGUGGUGAGUCUGGUGACUGGUGUAAUUUAUAUCGUUUGCUUUUAAGCACCUAUUAUCAGUGGUUUUAAUGUUUUAUUAUAUUAAUAUAUUUUUAUCAAAUUUAUGUAUACAAUAUUUCAGUUUUAAACAGGUAAACUGACAAACUUUAGUUUCUUCUUCA